AUGGCCCUUAUCACCCCGGCGAUCUCCAUGUUAGAAACUUCACCCACUCCUGUUGCUACCAACAGUCGUGUUGAGAUCCACGACAGCAAAGAUCCCACAUCAUCUGACCGCGAGACACAAGUUGUGGUUAAGCUUCCUACGACUUCGACCACAAUACAUGAUACUCCUCGCCGUGCGAUUCCGAGACCAUCACAGCCACUUUACCGUCCUCCACGUCAGAGGAACAGCCAGCGUCAAAGUCAAGACCAGAGUUUCCUCCCUAGACGAGGUAAGGCGCUGGGGAGUGAAUACCAAUAUCAACGAAAGGUCGCACAUUCGUUUUCCGCUCCUCUCUUUUCGUACGCGUCCAAAGAGACUUUCGAGGCAGGACCGUCAACAGUCACCCAGAAGGUAGACCGCGCUGCGUCUAGCUCGCCAGCUGUCAAGAAUCCGGAACAAGCUGCUUCGCCUGAAGACAAACAGGUCACGAAACGCAACAUGUCGUCUACCAACGGAUCCGAUGAGAUCGUUCUGCGUGAUUUCAGAAACAAGGACAAGCAACGCAACGUUGAGGAAACCUUGCCGCACACAAAGAAUACCUCUCUUGAGAGCAAUGUACCCGAGGUAAAAGGCGAGUCUGCCGCGGAGAGAGAGAAACGCCCUCCUCGUGAGGAAGUUCGCGCAGAGCUGGACCGGCUAAAAAAGCAGGCGCUCGUCGAUUACGCCAAAAGGCAAGAAGAAGUAGCGCUUGAAACGGCAGACCCUGCCAUACUUGCAAAAUGCCGGGAUGGCCCAGGUGUUGACCCCGAUUCCGAAAUCUAUGCGGAAAUCGCAAAGCGUCGCCGUGUUCGUCCCGUGGAGGAAGCUGAUUUGAAUGUCGAACCUCCCUCUAGACCAGAAUCAUCUGGGGAGGAGGAAAAACUGGAGGACGAUAGCCUGAGCAAUCUAGAAGAGCUCGAAGCGUCUUUUGAGCCGGAGAAGCUGAGUCACCUGUGGGAUGCCUAUGCAAAUGAUCUUGUUCUCUAUCCCAAGGUGAUCAAUGGCCAAGUGACUCUGGCUACCGAGCCGACUGAAGCGCAGAGGGAAUUGCAAAAGAAGUUCAAAGUGUUCGCCUGCCACCCACAUGCUUCUCAGGACGUGAACAAACUGCCACCAUAUACCGAAGACUUGGAUUGGCAACUGGACUCCCACUUGUGCAAUUGGUGGUUCGUCCCGCCUAAUAUCGUCAAUGUCGAUGAGUGGAAGCGAAGUCUUCGACGUUGGCUCGACAAUAGCAUUGUGAUGUCUUGCUACAUUGACCAAUAUCACAAGAGUUAUUUUGACGGCACAGCGCAUCCAGAUGGCUCGACCUCCUUUUAUAUACCCGACUUGCCCGACCAUACCACCAUCCUCGACCCAAGCGACGAGAAGGGGCGUCUUCACAGGUGUGAGACAGCCGAAGGAUACUGCAAGAACCUAGUCUCGCACAUCAAAAAAGAAGAGAAAGACGAGGCGCAAAGGUUGAUGAGGGUACGCCGAGCCAAUGAGGCAUUCUUGGCCAACAGAGAGGUGAACCCCAACACGCCAAAGGCGAACAUUUAUCUUCGACCUGCCCAGAUGAAAGACGUCCCGCAGCUUCUUCUCAUCUACAACCGGUACGCCCGCGAGUCUUGUCUGAGCAUCCACACCCAAGACCUGAAGCCGGAUUAUGUUCGGGGGCGCAUCCAAGCCGCCAAAUCCGCGCAAUUGCCCUUUCUUGUUGCCGUGGAGCGCGGUAGCCGUCGCGAACGAGAGGCCAUUUUCGGCUACGCCACUGCCACUGAGUAUUCUCCGGGCCAAUACACCACUGGUAGAUUCACCGCGCAGUUGGAAGUCUUUGUCCUUCCCGAGCACCAGAAGAAAGGAAUCGGAUAUUGCCUCCUGGAUAAGCUUUUGCAAAUCUGCGACCCCGCGUACUGCUCCAAGGAAGGCUACACCUUCGAUAACCGUGGCGUCGGCGGGUAUAGCCUGGGAGGCGAGCGUGUACUCGCUCGGCUUCUUUUCAUCAUGACUAUUCUACCGGAAGACGUGGAGGUGCACAGCUGGACCCGGAAAUGGCUAGAGAAAUACGGAUUCGAAGUGCAGGGUCAGCUCAAGGGCGCCGCCUCGAAAUUCGACAGACUACUCGAUGUUUUCUACCUUGUUCGGAAGACUACCUUUGUCCUGAAUUAUCGUUGA